UUGAUUCUUGAUGUCGGAUAGAUCGGUUCUACUGGGCUAACAAAGCGGGUUGUUGUGCUCCCCCUCACACAUACACACACACACACGACUCACUAGACAAAUUGUCCAUGCAGAAGGCAAAGAACACUACGAAAACGUAACUCCGCGUUUAUAAAGUGUUGUAGUGUUGUUGUUUCUUUUGUUAAAGGAAAAAUUUAUCAAUUGGUCACGUUUGAAAAAAAAUAUAAAUAAAUAAAUAAAAAUCAAAAUUCCAAACGAAAAAGUGCAGAGCAACCGUUUAAUUUCCAAAUCAAAGCAAAUUAAAUCUCCAAAAAAAAAAAAGUAAAAAUCUUGGGAAAAUUUUUUUUGUGAUAUUUAAGAAAAAUUUACUGAUAAAAGAAAUAAAAUUCAAUUAAAUUACUAUCAAAACAUCUUGCCAUAGCAGCUAACAAAAUGAAUGAUUACUGGCACAUACCAAGAGCAUCACUCUCCCCCUCCUCCGCAUCGUCGGCUGUGUCAUCGGCUUCAUCGACACAGCGAAGCCACAGAACGCACACCAACACGUCAAAACUGACGCCCACACACUAUAGGCACCAGACAUCGCCAACAGCAGCAGCAGCAGCAGCAUCAGCAUCGUCAUUAUCACACCACCACCACAGGCCCCAACAUCAUAGGCAGCAGGGAGGAGGACGUUCCACCAGCAGCAGCACCAGCAGUAGCAAACGUGAUAGUGGCAUGAAUUCCUCACCUCACUACCAGCCACAUGCCAAUGCCUUAAUGGUGGCCAAUAACAAAAGAGGGUCCCGUUCCUCCCAAGGCAGUAACGAUAGUAACAACAGCACAAGGAGUGCCGCCUCUGGUUCAUUGCUGUUGACUGCAGCAAAUUUAGAACGCAUGACAGAAAUUCACCGCAAACAAGAAAAACAUCAAAAUCGCCAACAAUAUCACAAUCAACUGCAGCCUACCGCCGCACCUACAACCACCACCAUCCCACCCUCAGUGUAUAGUGCAAAUUUGAUUCAUGCAGCCACACGUGGUGCCCGUGACUACCAAUUGGCCACAGUCGAAUACAACGAAUGGAAUGGUGCAAGAAGGGCGACGCCGCUGGCUGGGGAUCAUGUGGAUCAUGCAGCCGCCUCAAUGGGGGGCAACCACACCACCACCAACAACAACAACAGCAAUGCCGUCAUAGAUAUUGAUCCGAAUUUGAAUUUUAUUAAAACCAAAGAUUUGGACACUGUGUCCAUAGCAAGUUCAAUGCAUUUUACCAUGGUUAAUGGAGAGGCUGGCGCAAAUAAAAAGACCAAAAAAGGUCUAUGUGAUCGGGGACGCCAAGUGACGGUCCUCAUCAUCAGUAUGAGCACAAUAUUUCUAUUGCUCAUCAUGGGAAUGGUGUAUGCGUUAGAGAUGCGUGCCCGAGAGAUGCCUCAAAGUUAACUACCAAUCAAUCGCACCAAUGACUCUAGCCAAGGGAGCAGCUCUCCAACAUCAAGAAAAACAACGGAAUUAAAAGAGUAGCAAAAACAGUAACUCAGUUAUUUGCAAACAAAAUCAACGAGAGAGAGAGAGAGAGAGAGCAAGAAUCAAACAUACAAGAAAGAGAUCGUAUUGCCUUUUGCUUUAGCCCACAAACAAAGAGAAAUGGCAAUAGAGAGAAAAGAGUAAAACCAGCUGAUUAUACAGCCAGAAAAAUAACGCAAUCAAAGGCCAGAAGACAUGAAACCUUUGAAAAUUAAAAAAAAAAAAAACAUAUUUAUAUUAAAAACCAACAAAUUGAAUUGUUAAUUAAAUAGAUGUGUAGCUUUAAGUUAUUUAUUUUCUUAAUUAUAAAAAAAACAAUUAUCAUUUCUAUUAUUUUUUAACAAACAAAAUAAUUUCGAAAAACACACAACAUUCUAUGUCAUCACAAACUAUGAAAAUAAAACACAUUGCAGUAGUUAAAGAACAAGUAGAAGUAAGAUAAGCAGAAGCGUUGGCAAGAGAGAAAACUGUUUAUGACUACUAGAUCCUCUAGCUGCAGAUCAAUGGAUGUAAGGUCUAAGCUUAUUUAUUUAAAAUAGCAUUAAUUUUGUAAACAAAAUAUGGGUAUGAUGCAAGUAUCUAAAUUUCAGCAUAGUUUUUACGACAACAACAAAAAUCAUUCUUUAUAGAAAAAAAAGCAAAAAAUAUUGUGAUCAUGUCAAUUGAGGUCCCUAGCAGAUAACUCAAAGCACAUAUACAUUGUAAGGCCCCCUUCCCCUGCCCCGCCCGCCCACAGAACGAUCACACUAUAACCAAUCAUAAUCGCCCGCAUUCCCAUUCCAUUGAGUUUUUAUUAUUAUUAUUAUUUUCGAAUUUUUAACUUUUAGUUUAUUAAUCACUUUAAUUAUUAUGGACACCAACCAACCAACCAGCCUUGCACCAUUUCAACAUCCAUUCUCCAUUCAUGUUCUAGCCUAAUACAAUUUUGUUAAUUAUUUUAGCCAAGAAACCUAAAUCCAAGCCAGAGUCACGCACUUAAGUUUUCAUUUCGAAUAAUUUUAAUAUGCAACAGUCGCCAGCCCGCCCCAAAAUCAAACCCCUCGGGCCACACUGACAACGAAUACAAAGCCACCAUUACCAAGCACCUACUUAAGUUUUCAAUAAUUUUUGUCUAAAAACAAGCACCUGUUUUGUUUUGUCUCAUUCUUCCAAUUGUCCUUCACUUGGUGAAGAACAAUUUUCAUAUUUUUGGUUGUUUUGUUUUAAAAUUAUUUGAAAGCUCAAAGUUUGGUUUAUCUCUCUUUAUUGUAUGAAAUGGGUAUUGACUUUUGGGUGUAGGCGUGUGGACCUUAACUGGGCUCCAUCGUUUACACUGUCAUUGCAAUUUGGAUGUAUUAUGUAUUUUUUUAAUAUUAAGCGAAAGAUAAUAUUAAUUAAAAGAAAUAAUACUUGUUUAUC